CUAUUGGCAGGGCAGCAGCACAGCAGACGACGAGACCGCUUCCUCGUUUACAGAGGUGGUUAUGUUCAUGUGUAGAUUUGUUGUUUGUUCACCUCUGUGAGUAUGUUGCGGCAAGGAACAACUUUCCUAAAGAAAUCUGUCGUUGCCACUGGCAUCGACUUGAUUCCGCAACAAAAUGCCAUCUGCAUCCAGCAAGCGAGGGGCUUGCGACCGAGAAAGCCAGCGUACUCAGGCAUUGCAAAGACAAAGCUGUUUCGCAUUCCCAAAGUUCCUGUUUAUCCACCAGAUGAAAAAGCUGAGAUAGUAAGGCUUGGUAAUCAGUACCGCACGUUUAUGAAGUCUAUACGCAACCACUUUAAGUUAGAAAACCAAACCCACGCAGCAGGAAGUGCUGAGGCUGCACAAGGAAUAGAGGCAGAGGAGGCUGAAUGGCAGGAAAGUCUGCUUCGACUAAAACAAUGGAAUGAGGAAGUUGCUCUUAAACGGAAUGAAAGAUUACUGUCUGAGCAGGCAGCCAAGAAGUUAGAAAUUGAGACGAGGAUACAGGAAGAAGCAGAAAGACAAGCACAACGUUUGAAAGAAAUCGAUGAAAUUAUCCGCAAAGAGAAGGAAUUGUCAAAAUCCUACAUCACUCCUGAGAAUAUUGACCAAGCCAUUGCUAAGGCUCUUGAUGAUAAACUAGAUUAUAACUAUGCAAUCGACGUGCGAGGAAACAAGUAUGUUGGACGUUUUGUCAAUGACUCUGGUGAGGAAGAAUUACCACAAUCAGAAGAAACGGAUGAAACUUCCCUGCCUCCUCUCUUCCAAUCUUCCCCAAUUUCAUCUGGUGCAAGCAAGUAGAUAAUUGUUUUGUGAAUUAGUCACCAUUGAGCUGUUUAAAACUCUUUCAUCAAUGGGAGAAAGGCUUUUAACUAUUUACUAGCCUGCUGCAGUGAUGUCUAGAGUCUACAUAGAGGGAGUAAGAAAUGUAUGUUCACUCUAUAUAACAUGUCUCUUUAUGUUCUGUUAAAUAAAUGUAAGACCUUCUUUUU